CGUGGCUCUACCAUCCUUUCCCUCCUCAACACCGGCACCAACGGUUAAAGAACGGAAACUCGCACGCAUCUUAUCUUCCAUGGAGCCCAAUCGAUGGUGGAGUUGUCUGCGGCCGAGGAGAUUGCCUCCCUUCGGUCUUGCAUCGCGAUUCUGCAUACUAACUUCACCGCUGAGCUGUCAAAUUACCUGGUACGGACUGGCCUCACACUAACUGGAUACUUAUGCAGCUUCGUCAAGUCUUAUGCAAGCCAGCAGUCGUGGAAUGUCACUACUAGUACUACAUGGUACUCGUCGUUAUGGGUCGGUUAGGCCCGAUCCGAGAUUCCAGCACCUAGAUACGCUGCCACCUUGUUGUUUUCCCGUUGACUGAUACUGUAUCAGUUGGACCACGUUGUUGUUGGUUUUGCAUCACUGUUUCUGCAUGUGCUUCACUAGCAUCGUGUUGUGUCACUCUAUCUACCAGCUCGUUGAUCAUCCAUCCUGUCUCGGUUCGAUUUCAAGAGCAAAGAUCCAUAUCCGCGUCAAAGGACGAGGCUGAACUGAACCCACGACGACAGACAUACAACCUGACAAACUGCCACACCACCAUGCUCGAUCCCAGGGAAGAAGACCUCGUGGCCCUGGCAGAGACAUGUCUCGCGACAGCACGGCAGAUCAAGGAAUACUUCGCGGCCAACAACCACCCGGCCAUGACUUUUGACCCCGAGGGCCCUGCGUUCUUCCCGGCCGCGACGCCUGAGAUCCAACAUGCCCGCCUUGAUCUCCGUGCCGCUGCGAUGCGGUUGUACCAGUUGGCUUCGGGACCGGAUGAGAUCUUGACGUGGCAUGCUUAUCAUUGUGCACAUGACCUCAACGCGUUCCGCUAUGUCUCUCACUACAACGUGGCGUCGGCGGUGCCGACAGAACCCAACACUAGCAUCAGCUACAUCGACAUCGCAACAAAACUGGGACUUGACCCCAGCCAGCUGCGCCAGAUGCUGCGCCAGCUGAUGGCGAUCCGGGUGUUUCGCGAACCAUACCCCGGAAUGGUAUCCCACACGGCCUCGUCAAAGUUAUUCUCGCAUUGGGGUGUAAGGGCAUUCAACUCGUUCAUCGCCGAGGACACGUUCCCCGCGGUCGCGAGACAGAUUGAGGCGCUGGAGAAAUGGGGCCAUGGACGUCCUGAGCCGAAUCGCGCUGCGUUGAAUUUGUUCUAUGAGACUGAUUUGCCUAUGUAUGAGUAUUAUGAGACGGAAGGUCCAGAACUUGAAGGCGCUGCGAAAGAUGCCAAACUCGAACCGCGAGAAGAAACCGAGUCCAGAGAAACUGAAACUGAUGCGCCUACUCGCGACAAUGACGAGCAAAUCACCAAAACCGAAAAGACAGCCAACUCUUCGUCCCCUUCUCCCGCUACAAAAAUCACCCAAGACUCAAGCCAGACACAAAGCCAAUCCCAACUCCGCCGCACCCGCUUCAGCAACCUCAUGACCUACAUGUCCACCAACCCCAUAAUGUCAAACUCUCACGUCACCGCCGGUUUCCCCUGGUCAUCUCUGCCGCCAAACAGUGUCGUCGUCGACGUCGCCGGUAACGUCGGCCACACCGCCGUGGCAAUCGCACGCGCAACACAUCCGUCUGUGCGUGUCAUUGUACAGGACUUGCCGAAGAUUAUUGCGCGGGCCACGAAUCCUGAAACGAGUGUGCUUCCGGAAGACUUAUUACGAGGCGAAGCCGAGUACAAGUCCGAGUCCGAAUCGCUAUCGCUAUCUCAAUCCGAGUCCGCUUCGCGGCCUCGAAUCUCAUUCAUGCCGCACAACUUCUACCUCCCGCAACCCAUCCACUCUGCCGCCAUCUACUUUCUCCGCAUGAUCCUGCACGACUACAGCGACCCAUGGGCCCUGAAAAUUUUACGAGCUAUCGUGCCCGCCAUGGGCCCGGACUCCAAAAUCGUCAUAAUGGAUCAAGUCAUGCCUGAUACCCCAGGGAUGGUUCCCGAUCCCGUGGAACGGAUGAUGAGAACGACGGAUUUGCAGAUGAUGAUGUUGACCAACGCGAAGGAGAGGGAUCGGGGGGAGUGGGAGGAUUUGAUUGGGAAGGCUGGCGAGGUGGCGGAACAACAACAGCGUAAAAACAAAAGGCUGGCGAUUUUGAAUAUUCGGACGCCGGUGGGGAGUACGAUGAGUUUGAUCGAGAUUGGAUUUGUCGAUGAUGAUGGUAAACACGGUGGUGGUGAUGGCAAACAAUAGUAGCAUCAACAUCAACGGCGCAAUGAUGGUUGAUCUGCAGUUAAGACUCAGGGUAUCUCAAACCUUGCCUUGGCUUAUCUUACAGCUGCAAUAGGCCGCUUCUGGGAAUGGCAUAUUGAUCAACGACAGCGAGACACGAUAGAAUACAAGACAGUUGUUUAUGAAUUUCAUUUGCAUUACAAUGCUCCUGGUCUGCUUUGCGCAGAGGUGAGCUUGAACCUACUUUGGGUUCUUU